UCCGCCGCUCGCCAUGCAGAAGGUGGCCGUUGUCACCGGCGCCAGCAGUGGAAUUGGAUCUGCGCUGUGUGAGCGUCUCCUCCAGGAAGAUGCCAGCCUCCACGUGUGUUUGGCCUGCAGGAACCUGGAGAAGGCAAACGCCACCCGGAACCACCUGUUGUCCUGCUUCCCCAGUGCAGACAUCAGCAUAGUUCAAAUAGAUGUUAGCAAGAUGGCCUCUGUCUUACGCGCAGCGGAAGAGAUCAAGGCAAGAUUUCAUCGUUUGGAUUAUCUCUUUUUGAAUGCUGGGAUCAUGGUAAAUCCACGUAUCAGUUUAUGGGCAUUUAUACGUGGCAUCUUCUCCAGGAGUUCAAAGCAAGACACAUGGGUUUCCCAUGCAGUCUCCCAUCCAAAUACUGACCAGCCCCAAACCUGUCUAGCUUCAGUGAUGGAACAUCCUCAAGUGGAACAAAAUGAAGCAAAGUCCUCUUUUGCCCAGAGGGCAUACCAGAUGCUGACUACAGCAGAGGGGCUGAUGAGCCAAGAAGACAGGGUCACUGCAGACAACCUUCAGGAGGUCUUUGAAACAAAUCUCUUCGGACAUUUUGUUCUGAUCCGGAACCUGGAGCCUUUGCUCUGCUGCAUUGAAAAGCCCAGCAAGCUGGUCUGGACCUCUUCAGUCAAUGCCUGCAAAUCUAACUUCAGCCUUGAGGACUUUCAGCACAGGCAAGGCAAGGAGGCCUACAGCUCUUCUAAAUAUGCUACUGACCUUACAAGUGUGGCUCUGAACAACCGGUUCAACAAGCAGGGCCUGUAUUCUAGUGUUGUGUGUCCAGGUGUUGUGAUGACCAACAUGACGUUUGAGAUUUUGCCUCCUUUCGUGUGGAAGUUAUUUUUCCCCAUUCUGUGGCUGUUCCGCCUUUUUACCAACACGUACACACUGACGCCGUACAAUGGAGCAGAAGCACUGGUUUGGCUCUUCAAGCAGAAGCCUGAGCUGCUGGACCCACUGGUGAAAUUUCACAGCUGCACCACAUUCUUUGGGAAGAACUACGUUGAGAUCCGCAAGAUGGAUCUCAGUGAAGAUACCGCAGAGAAGCUGUACGAGAAGCUCCUGGAACUAGAGAAGCAACUUCUUGCAAGGUGCAACAGCCCACAGCAUAAAAAAUAGCAAAGCCAGACCAGUCUUUAGCCACCAUUCCUCAUGGCAAUGAGUUUCUUCCACUUGGGACAGUUAAGAACCUCGGCUCCUCACCCCCACCCCACACUGGCUUUUGCCUUUUGCAAUGCAAACCUCUCUAGAGAGGUAUCUUUUGGCUGUCAUGAAGCUGAAGUGCUGAAAGAAACCAAAAGGUCUUACAGUUCAGUCCCUGCCCUCCCCCCGGGUGGUUUUUAUAAUGCCUUUUCUCUCCUUUUAGUUGCCGUGUCUUUACGUCACUGCAGCAUUUGUCUUUUCCCUGUUACGCGUUUCCUGAAGCCUUUGUACUCCUCAGAGCAGGAUGUUUCUCAAAUAAUAAAUGAAAUGAAGGGUC